AAAGUAGUGGUAAUUACAAUACAAAUGAAUAGCAUGCCACUCUUCGCUGUCACCGGGAAGAGGUUCGACGACGAGGAGAAGCUUCAGAUCCUCCGUCUCCUUGCGAGUCCAUGGCAACUCCCACGGUACCGUCGAAAUCAUCCAAGGGAUGGACGAACAACGUUUCCUUAAUAGCAGCUACCAUCUUCUUCGUCCUCAUCAUCUUUCAGAUCCCUCUUUUCAGGGUGACUUGCAGAUCUGGUGUAUGUACAACCCCUUUGCAUGUCACGUCCUCACAGUUAAUUGCAAGUGAGAUCUUUCCUGCUGUUGUUGUGAAGGGCCUUCUUUACCCUGGGGCUGCAGUAAACGGCCUCAUUCCCAACAUGAGUUUUCCCAGUUGGGAUAAUUUGUUGGACUUGUAUAACUUAACUGCUGUGAAGGAAGCUUCUGCAGUAACUGAUCUUCAGCGCUUGGAGGUUCUUGCAGGAAGCUACUUCUCGGUGGCUGGAGCACUUGUGGGUAUUUUAAAACCCGGGAGAAUGAGCAUGUUUGGGACACUUCUUAUAAUUUGGGGACUGGUCAAAGAAGGGAUUUUGGGAAAGCCAGUAAAUUCUGAUCCUUCAAAAGCCGUGUACGUCUACCCAACAAUGGUGAUUGCCUUGAUAUGUGCUUUCUCAUCUGUUAAGUAUGACUUGAAGAAGGCUGUUAGGUCCGCCCCUGUCCGGUCCACUGCUAGACCACUUCAGGGCUCAUCUAAGUCUAAGCUGAAAUAAGUGAUUCUCAUGUUGACUAGUUAAAAUUGUAUGCCUUCCUCCCAAAUUCAUUUUGGAACAUACAGUUCAGUUUUUCCAGAAGUGUGACCUCUUUUUACCAUAUUCUUAUUAAUUGAUUGAGCUUUUUGAUCU